AUGGAUGGCGACCUGACCGUGACUACUUUAAAAUACUAUGAGAAGACAUUCAGUAUAGCAUUGUUCAUAUGUGCCGGAAUACUAGCAUUUGCAGUCCUGAUUCGCCAAGUACGUAAUCCACCUGGAUGUGUCAAGAUUGAUUUCAAGCUGUUACUUGACCCGUCCAUGAUGGUUAUCAACAUUGUCGCAUUCGAAUACUUUCCACCAAUCGUCUUCGUGUCUCAAUGCGCAGGAACUUUUGGACUCGGCCCGUCAGCAGCAGCGCUGAUGACAGCACUCUUUAACAUCGGAACCGCGAUUGGACGAGUUGUGAAUGGUCUUGGUGCUGAUUAUGUAGGCUUUGUAACGCACUCGCUACGACGGGACGGAUCUCCAGCACGAGAACCGCACACGACGGUGCAAACAGACGGCUUCCUCUUCGAUGCUGAAUUCAUCGAUCCAAAAAAUCCAAACAUCGCAGUUCCAAAUAUUGGAGAACCAAAGUAUUUGAUUGAUGGCGAGAUCAAGAUCUGGGGCGGUGAUGUCUUCGCGGUCGAAUCACCCAUAUGCUAUAAAGGUGGUGCUCGUAUCAAGAUUGGUACGUAUGGAAUGCUCGGUGCGCCGGAAGCUGAGUCUGCUGUUCAGGCUGCAGUAGCGGCAUAUGGAAGAGGACGUGGUGACUGGCCGCGUAUGUCGUCUGCAGGUCGUAUAGCUGCGGUCGAGAAGUUUUUAGAAGGGUUCAAGUCUAAAAGGGAUGAAAUUGCCAACUUGAUUAUGUGGGAGAUUUGUAAGAACAAGGCCGAUUCCUACAAGGAAGUAGAUCGUACAAUCGAAUACAUGAAGGACACCAUCCAAGCCCUCAAGGAUCUCGAAAAUAAGGACUCUACAUUCCAAUCUAUUGGAGGCACGACUGCCAUGAUCCGCCGAAGGCCUAUUGGAGUUCUCCUAUCUUCUGGACCUUUCAACUACCCUAUGAAUGAGACAUAUACCACCUUGAUACCUGGUAUCUUGAUGGGGAAUGCUGUGAUUAUGAAGCUGCCAAGAUAUGGAGCUAUAUGCCACAUGCCAACUCUUGAGUUAUUCAGAGACUGCUUUCCGAAGGGUUCAGGAAGAACCAUCUUCCACCCAUUGAUGAAGGGUGGGAUGAUUGACGGUCUUGGGUUCAUUGGAACUUCGGAUGCUGCUGCUGAUAUCAUCAAGAGUCAUCCGCAUCUUAACAAGCUCAAGUUGUGUCUCGGUCUCGAGGCCAAAAACCCUGCCAUAAUCAUGGGUGACGCAGACCUAGACCUCACCGUCUCUGAAUGCAUCACAGGAUCCCUGUCAUUCAACGGCCAGCGCUGCACAGCCCUAAAAAUCAUAUUCGUCCAUAAAUCUGUGCACGAAGCCUUCGUCACCAAAUUCUCUGCUGCCGUCGACAAGUUGAAAAUGGGUCUACCAUGGGAUGGAGCACAAAUAACUCCACUGCCUGAACCAAAUAAGCCUAAAUGGCUCAAAGAGAUGAUUGAAGAGGCUUGUUCGGAUAAACGACCUAUUGAGAAGAGAGCUAGGAUUGCCAACAAGUUUGGUGGCAUGAUUGAUAGGACUUUUGUGGCUCCUACGGUGUUGGAUAAUGUGCCGCUGGAUAGUGAGAUUGCGAAUCAUGAGCAGUUUGGACCUGUCGUUCCCAUUGUGGAAUAUGAUUCAUUGGAAGAAGUGUACAACUACAUGGCGAAUUCUCCUUACGGGCAACAAGCUUCUAUCUUUGGACAGGAUACUGAUGCUAUUGCUGCAAUCAUUGAUGAAUUGGUGGAUCAAGUUUGUCGUGUAAACGUCAACACUCAAUGUCAACGUGGACCAGAUGCAUUCCCAUUUACUGGACGCAAGCACUCGGCAAUCGGAACUCUAAGCAUUGGCGAUGCACUACGAGUCUUCAGUAUCCGAAGCAUGGUAGCAGUCAAGCAGUCUGAUAAGGCACAUGGAACGGAUGUGCUGUCCAAGAUUGUCAGGUCGCAGAAUAGUGAUUUCUUGAAGAUGGAAUAUCUGUUUUAG